GUUGACAUGCCAUAGCAGUUGGCGUUUUGCAGGAACACCACAAGGGAGAAGAGAAUUUUAAGAGAACAUGGAAGGGUGAAGGAGAAGUAAAGGGGAGAGAAAAAAGAAGCAGCAGGACUAGUGCGUCUAGGGAGAGGUAGAUUCCUUGCUGCUGCUGCUGCUGUUGCUCCACCGCCACAUCCUGAAACGGCGCUCUCUCUUGGGGAGUGCUGCAACAUCAAGUACUGAAACUCUCUCUCUCUCUCUCUCACGUGAUCAAUCCACGGUAGGAGGAAGAAACUGAGGGGAAACGAAAAGGUGGGAGGGAGUCAAUCGAGGAGCCGAUCAUAGAUGCAUGUGCUUCAAAUCGAUCUCUGCGAUGUGAGAUCUGGUGGACGAUAGGAGAAGAAGAACUUGCACAGAGAGACAGAGAGAAAGAGGGAGGGAAGGAGGGAGAGAGAGGGAGGCCAUGGAGAAAUACGAAGUAGUGAAGGAGAUAGGAGCGGGGAACUUCGGGGUCGCCAGGCUGUUCAGGAACAAGCAGACUAAGGAGCUCGUCGCCAUUAAGUUCAUCGAAAGGGGUCACAGGAUCGAUGAGAAUGUGGCGAGGGAGAUCAUAAAUCACCGGUCGCUCCGCCAUCCCAACAUAAUCAGGUUCAAAGAGGUGGUGUUAACUCCAACUCAUCUUGGGAUUGUGAUGGAGUAUGCUGCGGGUGGAGAGCUCUUCGAGCGCAUCUGCAACGCUGGGCGUUUCAGCGAAGAUGAGGCAAGGUAUUUCUUUCAGCAGCUUAUUUCAGGAGUGAGCUAUUGCCAUUCCAUGCAAAUCUGUCAUCGUGAUUUAAAGCUGGAGAACACUCUCUUGGACGGUAGCCCUGCACCUCGCCUCAAGAUUUGCGAUUUCGGGUACUCCAAGUCGUCUUUGCUCCACUCAAGGCCUAAAUCUACGGUCGGAACUCCUGCUUACAUAGCACCGGAAGUUCUUUCACGACGAGAAUACGAUGGAAAGAUGGCUGAUGUUUGGUCCUGUGGCGUGACGCUUUACGUUAUGCUGGUCGGAGCUUACCCCUUCGAAGAUCCAGAGGACCCCAAGAAUUUCAGGAAGACAAUCGGACGCAUCAUGAAUGUACAGUAUAAGAUCCCAGAUUACGUCCACAUCUCUCAGGAUUGCAGGCAGCUUCUCUCAAGGAUAUUCGUAGCGAAUCCUGCCAGGAGGAUUGCAAUCAGGGAGAUCAAAACUCAUCCUUGGUUUCUAAGGAACCUGCCUAGAGAGCUCACUGAGGCAGCACAGGCUGUGUACUACCAACGUGGCAACCCCAACUUAUAUCCCCAGAGUGUAGAGGAUAUCAUGAAGAUUGUAGGUGAGGCGAGAACACCCCCUCCUUCUUCACGGCCUAUCCCCGGGUUCGGGUGGGGAGCCGUGGAAGAAGAAGAAGAGGACGAAGAAGAAGCAGAAGAAGGAGAUGAGGCCAAGGGAGAGGAGAAGCAAGGUAAGAAGGAGGAGGAAUGCGACGAGGAGGAUGAGGAGGAUGAGUACGAUAAGAACGUCAAGGAGGCACAGAAGAGCUGCAAUGUCAAAGUUACCUGAAGCACAGAGACACUGUGCUUCACCUUCUUACACUGGUAUAUGAGUGCAAAUAACUUCUUGAGUUGUAUGGUUUCUUUUUUCUCGAUGCUACGUUCUUGGGUGAAUAUGCCGUCUAUGAUGAGGAGGAGGAAAGAACAAACAUGGGAGGUUGAGUUGUAAAAUAUAUUUUACUCCGACGGCAGCAGGGUGGCGUAGAUGUCUAUUGUGUGUUUGGGAACCAAAAUUUUAAUCUUGUUUGCAAUGGAAAGCUGGUUUUGCUUC